AUGCUAAUGAGUCGUAAUUCACAAUCAAUUCAGGCAUAUAGACAUGAAAUGAAGAACUUUAAGGAUAAAAUUAUUGAUAACGAGUUAGGUUACGAUCAGAUUAAAAAUCUCUGUAAACCGUUCAUAUCAUAUUUGUCUUUUGAUAAAGUUCAAAAUGAUACUAGUGGAAGAAGACGUUUAGAAUAUUUGAAUUACUCUUUAAACAAAGAAUUAAAAAAAUAAAUGGAUGUCCUUAAUGCACUCUUGGACAAUAAAUUUUCUGCAAUUUCCAAUUACAAUAAAUUCAAAUAUAUAGUAUAUAAUAUUGAUGACGAAUUUAUUGAAGAAUUGGAUCUGUUGCAAACGUUGCAUCAAAAAGUAAAGGCAUCAUCUCUAUCGAAAACUAUAGAAUCGUUUAUAACUUUUACAAAUAAAAGUGAAAAUAUCCUAAAACAGUUAUCUGCACACAAAAUAUAUGAUAACACAUGUGCUAAAUACUGUGCGAAUAUAAUUAAUUCUAGUGAAAAUAUUGAAGAGUUUAAAAAAAUGUGCCCCAAAUUUGCAAGUAAUAUAAAAAAGUUAUCAAAAAUAUUGAAAGACACAAAUUCACCCAAUGAUCGUUGCACGUAUAUAACUUACCGGGCGUAUUAGAUGGCUAAAGGGAAUUAUCUGCCAAAGAUAAGUGUCUAUUUUCUUUUACCGGCAAUCUCUUGGAAUGGAAAGAUGAAAAGCUUUUACAUGAUUAUUUUAAAAACUACGACAAAAUUAGGAAAUGCAAUACAUCUACCGACGGUGAUAGUUCAAACUGUUAUUGUGGAUAUCUUAUACACAUCGGUAAAUUGUAUUACAGCUAUAUCAACAAGUGCUGCUCUUGUUAUAGUUAUCCGAAAAGCGCAUGUUCUGAGUUAUGUCCAAAAUAUUUUAAAUCUCCUAUAUAAGAUUGGAUGCCAAGAAGAAGAAGAAAAAGAAGAAUCUAACGAAACAGCAAAAGAGAUAUUCAAAAACGUAACAGUUGAUCUUGAUUUUAUCAGGAGGAGCCAAAUCGCACAGCCAUGUAAAGGAUCCUGGUUUCAUAGAAGACGAAUAAGAAAAAAAUCUAUCUCACAAAAUAUUCGGAAAAGAAAUCCCCAAGCAGUAAGUAGCAGCAAAUCACAAACCAUCCGCGGAAUAUUGCAAAAUGAGCAAAUUCGUAUAGCUUAUAAGUCGGCGUAA